AUGUCAAGUAACCCUCGUCAAUCUGCUGAACCACCCCGUGGUAAUGGUGAUAAUGCAAACUUAAAACCUGUUCAAGUGAAGCUAGUGCUGCUUGGCGAAGCUGCCGUUGGUAAAUCUAGUUUGGUGCUUAGGUUUGUAAAUGAUGAAUUCCAAGAAAACAAAGAGCCAACUAUUGGUGAAGAUAAAGUAAUUAAAUUCGAAAUCUGGGAUACCGCUGGUCAGGAAAGAUUCCAUUCUCUGGCUCCAAUGUAUUAUCGAAACGCUCAGGCUGCUGUAGUUGUUUACGAUGUAACAAAAGGCGCCUCGCUUGACAAAGCCAAAUCUUGGGUAAAGGAAUUGCAACGUCAGGCAAAUCCAAACAUUGUUAUUGCACUUGCAGGAAACAAAAUAGAUCUCGUUCAACCAGUUGAUGAUGGUGAAGAAGAUUCGGUGGAAAGUGGGAGACAAGUUCCUACUGAAGAGGCUAAAGCUUACGCCCUCGAGACUGGUUUGCUAUUUUUCGAGACCAGUGCAAAGAAAGGCGAUGGUGUGCGGGACGUUUUCACAGAAAUUGCAUCUUAUUAG